AUGCUGGGCACUAUUGUGGGCAUGAUGUCGGAACCUGCGGCUCCCAUCAUAGUACCAAUUCCAGCAAGUGUCGUACUUGCCACGUGGGUUUACGAGGUAUACCAGAUAUCCCACGCGGUGCUUCAGUGUUUCAUGUCCUACAUUAUUCACUUGACGCUUGUGCUGCAGACACUUUAUCUUGUGUCAGACAGCCAGGGACUCACUCGUAGGGCCAUCAAGCUGGCGGUCGCUUCCUACCUCGCUUCCCCAUUGAGCAGAGAAGUUCAUACUCGGAUUCAGGCUUAUGAUAUGCAAUUGAUGAUCCUGGGACGCGCGGAUCACGAUACCUUGGAUAAAAUUGCUGAGGUGAUGCAAUUUUAUAGCAUCGAUGAGACACAUAUGUCCGAGUCCAAACUUCGGGAAAAGCCUCUAGUAGAUUUGUCAUCGGACGAACCAUGGUAA